CAGGGCUGAGACACUCUGAGAGGGAGAGAGAGCCUAGCUGUGAGAGAGAGACUGACAGAGAGGAGGUGUAAGAGAAAGGAGAGAGAGAGAGAGAGAGCACUGGUUAGAGAGCAGAGCACUGGGGAGCAGAGCACCAAGAGGCAGGUUCUUCUUUAGGCAGAGCCUCCACCACCGGCCCCAGAAAAAUGCCUCCCAACUUCGCCGGCACCUGGAAAAUGAAGAGCAGUGAGCAUUUCGAUGAACUUCUGAAAGCCCUCGGCGUAAACGCCAUGCUGAGGAAGGUGGCGGGGGCGGCGGCCUCUAAGCCCCACGUGGAGAUCCGCCAGGACGGGGAGCAGUUCUACAUAAAGACCUCCACCACCGUGCGCACCACAGAGAUCAACUUCCACGUGGGCCAGGAGUUUGACGAGGAGACGGUGGACGGGAGGAAGUGCAGGAGCUUGCCCACAUGGGAGACAGAGAACAAGAUAUACUGUAAACAGACACUACUGGACGGAGAUGGCCCCAAGACCUACUGGACAAGAGAGCUGAGGGGUGACGAGCUAAUCCUGACCUUCGGAGCGGACGACGUUGUGUGCACAAGGAUUUACAUGCGGGAAUGAAGGCUUUCCGGUGAGGACCGGGAUCAGAAGACAGACGUUCAGUCCUAAACCACCCCCCCCCCCCACCUCCCAUACUCAAAGCAGAUAUGCAUCUCAAGUGCAGAGAGCCUCCUGCAGCUCACAGCCUCCACACAUUACUCAGUGCUGAUUGUUACGGUUCUGCAAUAACUGCGCUUCUGUAGCACCCCUCCCUGUCCCCUCUCUCCUGUUCCCUCUUUUUAUUUGUAUGUUAGAUGUGUGUGUGUCCGUGUUGCAAACUAAAUUCAGAAAUUAAACGAUACAAAAGCA